AAAGGGAAACAUAUUUAUAUGAAUUCUUGGUGUAAAAUUGAUUUUUUCGAUGGCAAACCGUGCGAUAAAAUCGAAAACGGCUGUAAUUUGAUUUUUACUAUACUUCUCGUGGGCAAAAGCGUCAAAUUGAACACGAUUCUUCCAUUUUUUUUAGCAAAAAAAAUACAAAUUACUGUAUCAAUCACUUUAGAAGUAACAAUAAUAAUGACGAUUUAUCACUCGCUUAGUUGAUGAGGCUGAACGAGAAGGGACAAUUGGGCGUUGGUGAACGUUGCGUCGAUGCCGACACUCAAGGAAUCAAAUUAACUUUUUGUCACCUAGGAACGGUCAACGGACCGUGGCAAUACGACGAGAAAACGAAAACUUUACUUCACCGAGAGUACAAAAAAUGCAUGGCACUUCAUCCUCAAACGCAUCAAUUAUCGUUGUUGCCCUGCGACGUCAAUAGCACUAAUCAUCAAUGGACAUUCUACCCAAUUCAUCCGCGCUGGUAAACGAGCUAGCUGGCCUCGUUCGUCUUCCUUUUUUCUUGACCUACGCUAAUACACUUUAUAUAUAGCGACGGAGUGUAUUUGUGAUCCCAACUUCGAGAACCGCGAGAAAAGAAGGAAUUCAGCAGAUUUUCAGUUUGAAUGAUUCGAGUCCAAAAAAACUCCUGUUUUACUUAACAAAUUCCGAAAAUUCGGCACCAGUAGUAUUAACCAAGAGGAAUGUUAAUUACAAGAAAAGUUCAAUUAUUUAGAAAAAUGAAAUAAACCAACGUCCAAUAGAGUAA